AAUCGUUGUUUAAAUUGCUACAAUAUAGUUGCCCCCCCUCCCACGUCUCCAGCUGUAACAUAUUCGCAUUUCUGCGUGUGCGCUCUGGCCGACAGCGGCACAUGACGCUACAAGUUAAUGCCAGGGUCUGAGUAGUACGCCUGAUCUGAUGCAGGGCUUGAAGCAUGAGCCCGCCCUCUUCGGGUCUCGGUCUCUGCUCGCCCCAGCUCUUCCAGGGCAACCGCGCAAACGAUCGGACGCGGAACAGUUCGCCGCCGAGCCGAGGCGGAGCUCCGCGCAGAGGAAUCGUUCAUAGCCCCGCAGACAUGUCUCCGUUCCUGUAAUUAAACUGCGUCGCCUCUCUGCGCCAGAAGCGGAGAAGUUGAGAGAGGACAGGCCGACAGCUAUAGGUUUAAGUCGUCGGGAUCUCAGCAUGCCCGCCGUGGAUGCGGACGCGGACGCGGAGAUGAGCCGCGGCCCGGCUCCAGCUCCAGCACCAGCAGCACCGGCAGCACCGGCCUCACCGAGCCAGACCCCCGGCGAGGGCGCAGUCAGCGUCCUGUGGUCGUAUGCGAAAUGCGUCGCCGCUCUCCUCCCGGUCUACCUGGCCGGAUAUUACGGCUUCAGCGUGAGCCUGGUGCUGCUCGGGCUGAUGAUCUACAUAGGAUACAAACACAGCCGGCUGGAGAAGGAGAUGAGGCUCAGGUCUUCCAUGUACCUCCUGGAGAACGAGAGGGAGUUCACCACCCAGAAGCUCUUCAGAGCCAGGAGGGAUCUGCCUCCCUGGGUCAAUUUCCCAGAUGUGGAAAAAGUGGAGUGGCUAAACAAGAUCCUGCAGCAGGCCUGGCCCUUUGUUGGCCAGUAUCUGGAGAAGCUGCUGGUGGAAACCAUCGCUCCUGCCAUCCGAGCUUCAAGCAUUCAUCUGCAGACCCUCAGUUUCACUAAGGUCAACCUAGGAGAAAAGGCCCUGAAGCUGGUUGGUGUAAAGGCUCACACAGAAAACGAUAAAAGACAAGUUAUGUUGGAUUUGUACCUCAGCUACGCCGGGGACGUGGAGAUAAAUGUUGAAAUUAAAAAGUAUUUCUGCAAAGCUGGGGUGAAAGGAGUCCAGCUCCACGGAAAGCUGCGUGUGAUCCUAGAGCCGUUGAUCGGAGAUGUGCCGCUGGUUGGAGCCAUCACCAUGUUCUUCAUUCGCAGGCCUAAACUGGACAUCAACUGGACAGGACUUACUAAUCUGUUGGACAUCCCCGGUCUCAACGCCAUGUCAGACACCAUGAUAAUGGAUGCAAUAGCUUCCCACCUGGUGCUCCCCAACCGUCUCACAAUCCCGCUGGUGAAUGACCUGCACGUGGCACAGCUUCGCUCUCCUCUCCCAAGGGGAGUCGUUCGUAUCCACCUGCUGGAAGCUGAGGACCUAACAGCCAAGGACACUGUCAUCAAGGGGCUGAUCGAUGGGAAGUCAGACCCGUACGCCGUGCUGAGGGUGGGGACCCAGAUCUUCACCUCUCACCACGUGGACAGCAACCUGAACCCCCAGUGGAGGGAGAUGUACGAGGUUAUUGUCCAUGAAGUACCUGGUCAGGAGUUGGAAGUGGAAGUGUUUGACAAAGACCCAGACCAGGAUGACUUCCUGGGGAGGGCCAAGAUUGAUCUGGAUAUUGUGAAAAAGGCCCGAGUUGUGGAUGACUGGUUCAAUCUGAGGGACGCCCCAUCUGGCAGCGUCCACCUGCGGCUGGAGUGGCUCUCUCUGCUGUCCUCUGCUGACAGACUAAGCGAGGUGAUACAGAAGAACCAGAACUUGACAGCAAAGACAACUGAUCCCCCGUCUGCUGCCAUCCUCGCCGUCUAUAUGGACCAAGCUUAUGAGCUGCCUAUGAGGAAAGGGAACAAGGAUCCGAGCCCAAUGGUGCAGAUUUCUAUUCAGGACACAACUAAAGAAAGCAAGACCUGCUACGGGACCAACAGCCCUGUUUGGGAGGACGCUUUCACUUUCUUCAUUCAGGAUCCUCGUAAACAAGACAUAGACAUUCAGGUGAAGGACGAUGACCGCGCCUUGUCGUUAGGCAGCUUGACGAUUCCUCUGAGCCGCCUCCUGGAGAGCCACGACCUCACCUUGGACCAGUGGUUCCAGCUGGAGAAUUCGGGUUCAGCCAGCCGCCUCUAUGCCAAGAUUGUGCUAAGGAUCCUGUGGCUGAGCGAUGACGCCUCUCCCACGACUCCGUCCCCGCCCCCUUCGGGCUCGGGAUCCGGACUGGGUUCAGGAGAGAUCACCUCCAACCAGGGCUCCACAGGGCCCGGCGGGCUAGCUAAGCCUCAGCCGUCGCGGCCGCAGAACACCACCCCUGAUCUGGAGUUUGCAACCGAGGGGGUGUUACGAAUCCAUCUGGUGGAGGCCCAAAACCUGAUAGCCAAGGACAACUUCAUGGGGGGCAUGGUGAAAGGGAAGAGCGACCCCUAUGUCAAGAUCAAGGUCGCCGGUAUAACUUUCCGCAGCCACACCAUCAAAGAGAACCUCAAUCCUGUCUGGAAUGAACUUUAUGAGGUGAUUUUGACCCAGCUCCCAGGUCAGGAGAUCCAGUUUGAGCUGUUUGAUAAGGACAUUGAUCAGGAUGACUUCCUUGGAAGGUUUAAGCUUAACCUGAGAGACAUCAUCAGCGCCCAGUUCAUUGAUACGUGGUACACUCUAAAUGAUGUAAAGUCAGGUCGCGUUCACCUGGUGAUGGAGUGGCUGUCCAGGGUGAACGACAUUCCCAGACUGGAGCAGGUAUUGCAGUAUCAGUCGCAGCAGACGUACCAAAACAAGGUGGUGCCAUCGGCGGCCCUGCUGUUUGUGUACGUGGAGCGAGCUCACGGCCUGCCGCUGAAGAAGAACGGAAAAGAGCCGAAGGCUGGAGUGGAGAUCACACUCAAGAACGUUUCGUACAAAACCAAGAUCUGUGAGAGAUCCACAUCACCUCGAUGGGAUGAGGCAUUUCACUUUUUGGUUCGUGACCCCAGAGAUGAAACGCUCACGGUGAAGCUGUCUCACAGCUGGGGCCAGACUCUGGGGUCCCUGACAGUCCUUCUGAGGGAGGUGCUGUCUGAGCCGGACUUGGUGCUGGACCAGUGGUUCCAUCUGGAUGGAGCACUGCCAGAGAGUCAGAUCCUGCUGAGAGUCACUCUCAAGGUAUUGGACACUCAAUUAGCAUUGUGUCGCAGCACGCUUGGAGCAGGUGGAGAUGGCGUAGAAACAUUCAUGCCCAAAUGGGAUCCCUCCCAUCUCGAUCUGAAGCACAGAGGUGGAUUUUCCAUCGUCACCGAUAACGCCAACUCAGUUUGCCAGGUGAAGCUUACCAUCGGCUACUCUACAGAGGAAAACAGGCUUUUCAUCAUCGUGCACUCCUGCAGAAACCUGGCAGCGUGCUCCAAGGACGGCGCCGACCCGUACGUUUCUUUUGUCCUGCUGCCCGACAAGAAGGCCACAACCAAGAGACGAACUGCCACCAAGAAGAGGGACCUCAAUCCAGAGUUCAAUGAGAGGUUUGACUUUGAUUUUGCUCUGGAGGAGUCCAUGCAGAAAAAACUGGAUCUAUCCGUGAAGCACAGCGGCUCCUUCAUGAGCCGAGAGAAGGAGCUCAUCGGCAAGGUGCUGCUGGAUCUGGACCAAAUUGACCUGAAGGCUUGUGUCACGCAAUGGUAUGAUCUAGUAGCAGAAAGCACCUAGAGGAAUCCCAUUUCCAGCGCUAUCUAACAUAAGCCCCGUGUUGCUUCUGUGAUUCUGUGAUUUGUGCAUUUGUAAUUCAGCUUCAAUGAAAUAUUCCACCAUCACCUGAAACAGAAAAAAGAAAAAGACAUUUGUGCCUCACGGAAACGCAAACCAUCAGUAUUUAUUGGUAGAAAAAUAACUGAGAGCUCACGAUUCUCAAAGCUUUGAAUUUGUGGACUAUCUUCUGCAUGGACAGAAAUUUUCACCAGUUAGAUAUUUGAUAAUGAUGCAACCAGGUUGCACAACACACCUGUGGUAUAUGUGUUUUAAAAGAUGCACAAAUCUGGAUUGAAUCUAUUUAUUUUUUUCUAAAAAAAAAAAAAAAAAAUGGCCUUAAGCUGUGGUGAAACUGUGUUUCAAAGAUUUACAACCUCAAACACAUUUGAGAGAUUUCCUUAAAUGUUAUAUUUUACAGUCUUAAAGCAAUUCCAAACAUUUCUCUGUUUAUAUAUGUUUAUAUUAUUGCCUUAAGUAUUACGAGACUGUGCACAGCUUGUCAGUGUUUAUGUGUUCAAGAUGAAGUUUUAUAUGUUCUGAAUGUUACUUUUCUAAAUCGGAGUAUUACAAAUCUUAAGGUCCUCGGCUAAAACAGAGGUGCGCCGCUGUAAGCUGAGUCAAAAUCACUGUGCUUUCAGGAAGACCAACCUUUACAGAGUGCUGGUGUUACAGCAACCGAUGCUUCUCUCUGUGUUUAAGUGUUUGUUGUACCGAUGCUUUCAAUGAUGCCUACGAUUUUUCAAUCUGCACAAGUAAAGACCAUGCUAUUGUUCACCACUGUCUGUAUGGGACGCAAAAAGUUAAUUUAUGGAGUUGGAUAGAAGAUUAUUGUACUGCGUUGGAACUGUAAAACUGUGCUUUAGCAUACUUGGAACAUAUCACUGUGCAUCAGCUAAAUUUGUUGAUUAGUUUAGAAGUUUGCACUCAUGAAUUAAAGCAAUCGUCCCUCGUUGUGUUUUUUUUCCCUUCUCAAAAUACAUUGAAAUGCUUAAUAAACUGCUUUAAAAAUCAA